AUGCCUCCGGACGGCUCAUCAUUCACGGCGUUGAACCUGCCGUCGUCCUUUUCUCUGCCUCGAUGUAUGGAAUACUUCACCCUCACCGCCGGUCCCAACACUGACCUCUGGCGCAAACCCCCCAAUGGCGACACUUCGACGGCGCCCAUUGUGUUUACGUCGCUUCGGAACCCAUUUGUGGUGGCCGAAGUCACCGUCAGUGCGGACUGGGAGAUGGAAUGGGACCAGGGAGGGCUGGUCAUUUUUGCCGGCGCUGCCCCCCAGUCAUUUUCGUCGGAAAGCGUCCCGUUGGCGCCAGAGACUCGGUCCAGCCACGGCGGUCCCUUGUCCCCAGCGCGCCCCUGCAAAUGGGUCAAGGCGGGGAUGGAAUUCUCGUCGGGGACGGUGAACGCCUCGUCGGUCAGCGCCACGGCUGACGGGGCUGAUUGGUGCCUGUCCCCCCUGAACCUGUCGGAGGCGGCACCGGCAUCGACUCAGCAUUCGCUGCGCAUCAAACUGGAGCGCAUCGGCCACGCGCUCUGGAUCUGGUAUCAGGUCCCGUCGGCGUCGCCUUAUGCCCGCACGCCGAGUGCCGUCAGCAGCACGUGGAAGAAGCUGCGCGAGGUGACCUGGUUCUUCUACGGGGUUGAGGACAAGUUCAUCCACGUGGGGGUGUAUGCCAGUCGUCCGAAUAGUCUCACUCGCAGCGACACGAUGUGGGAGAUGAUGAACGGACCGACAAUGGACAGCCCCGACACGGCUGACGGCUUGGUGGUGGAGUUUGAAGAUCUGGAGAUCUUCUGA